GUUGAUUUAGGUAUCGAAUACAACCGCUAUUUACGAGAAGUUGUAGAAACAUUAGAAAAAGAUAAUGAAUUCAAAAAAAAACUCGAAACCGCUAAUGAUGCUGAUAUAAGAGUAUGUAUAAAUUUGAAAUUAAAUUAAAAUAAUUUAGAAGCAUUCGCUUAUUAUGUUUUCAAUAUAAAACAUGUCAUGGAAUAAAAAACUUGUAUUAGUGACUUUUAUUUAUGUAUAUUUAUUUUCUAUAGACAGGUAAAAUUGCUGACGAAUUGGAUUAUGUAAGCCAUCAUAUUCGUUCAAAAUUAGAUGAACUCAAACGCCAGGAACUAAAUAGAUUGCGUGAUAUAGCAAAAAAAGUAUAUAGUGAUACUAGUCCAAAGCAUAUUGAUCAUGAAAAUCCACACAGCUUUGAAAAGGCAGAUCUUCUAAAACUUAUUCAACAAGUAUGUGUUUUUUGAAAUACCCAAUUUUAUCAAAAAUUUUAUUGUAUUGUUUAUUAAUUAUAACCAAUAGAAUAUACAGUAAAAUCUCGUUAAUACGCUCUUGAAGCGUUUUAAACUGGAUACAGAAUUGGCAAUAAAGAGUUGUUUGUUAGUUUGUUAUUUAUUCAACACAUCAAUUUGUUCAUCAUGCUGUCUAAUAAUGUUCAAUUUAUCAUCAAUAGACAAAGCUUUCCUUUUUACUCCUGCACUACAAGAUGACAUAGACGCACUUACAUACCAGAACAAAAAUUAAAUAUUAUGUAAUGUCAUAUGCACCACAUCAACGCUCACGACUAAUAAUACAGUAUGAGUAUAAACUUUCUCCUGUUGUUUAUAAUAAAAUAUCAAAAUUUCCAUUCAUAAUCAAUCAAUAAUACAAUACGUUAAGUAAUAAUUUAAAUAAAUACCAUUUUUAUCCACGUAAUAAAUAGGAUUUUUUCAAAUGUUUAAAAGAGGCCAGAAAAGAAAGCACAUUAGGUGGAAUUAGGUAUUAAAUGUACUUUUUAAAUAUUCAAAGAUCUACAGGUACCCAGGACUGGAAAAAAUCCAUGUAUUAAGUGUCUUAACGAGGUUUUAGUGUAUUUAUAUAACUACUUACAAUUACAUUUGUAGUCAAUCAUUUAGCAUGAUUAAACUUAAUAAAUUUUAAAAACUAUAGGUAUUGAUUUGUAAAAGUCAAAAAUAUGAUUAAAAGUACAAUAUGUAUAAUACAUUUAUUUUAGGUUGCCAAAGAUCUUGCAGAUGCAGACCAGAAACGUAAACAAAUGUUUAAAGAAUAUGAAAUGCAGAAACAUUUUGAAAGAGAGCAAAAAUUGAAACAAAUGACAGAUGAAGAACGAGAAAAAUUCCUAUUAGAAGAAAAACGAUUAGAAACCGAACGAGAAGUUAAACAAAAACUUGAUCCAGUAUGUAUCAAACUGUUUUUACUGGAAAAUAUUGUUUAGUAUAUAAAUUUGUAUUUAAAUGUAUCAGAUCCAUCAUCCAGGAAGUAAAAAGCAACUUGAAGAAGUGUGGGAAAAACAAGAUGAAAUGGAAGGAGAAAAUUUUAAUCCUAGAACAUUCUUUGCAAUGCACGGUAUAUAAUUUUAUACAAAUAUAUAAAUGUUACAUUUUAGGUUAUUUUUUGGUAAUUUUGCAAAUAUCCAGUUAUUUUUGUCAAACACACUAGUUAUUUUUUUAGUUUUAAGAAUACCCUACUAAAAAUUUGAUUAAAAAUGUCCAGUUUUUGGAAAAUAUUUAUUUAUACUGGCAUAAACUGUUUUUGCUCAUAUAUUUAUAUUGAUACUGCUCUAAGAUUAUUAAAAUUAGUCGUAGUUUAUUUAUAGCAAAACCUGCGAUCAUUUUUAGGGGCAAAAUAAUGACAAAAUUUUAUAAUUUUCAAUCUUAGUAUGGUAGUACUUAAUGCAAAAUUAUCAAAAUUUGUCUCUCUUCAUAACAUUGGUAUGUUGUAUAUAUAUCAUACAUUUUAUACCCUACCAAGCUCAUUUUCAGAAAAAAUAAAAAUAAUUUCUCCCCUAUAUAUAUUAAGGCCAUAUUAUGUAAUGUUAAUUAAUUAAUCAGAUUAGAUAUUAUUUAUGUACAGUAGAAACUCGAUAAACCAUCACUGUUGAGACCAGAAAUGUGACAGUUAACAAAAAUUUUGCAUAAACCAAUAUAUUUUCUGCUAUCUUUGAAACACAACACAGUAAUAAUAAAUAAAUUACAAAAACAUGUAAUUCGCAUUCACAGGCUAUUCAUCAAUCUCUGAUUAAAUUAAAAUAAAAGUGAUUAAAUUUAUUUGUUCACGUUGUGUUUAUCACAUAUGUGAGAUAUUUCAAACUAUUUUUAUAUACUUGAUAGUCACUGCAUGCUCACACCGCAAUGAAUUUACGACAAUCGUCACAUUAAUGUUUUCUUUUUUUUUGAGCGGUGAUUUAUCAGAGAGUGACAGUUAAUCAAGUUUCUACUGUAUAAAAAAAUAAUUAGAUAAUAUAAUACUAAUUUUAUUUUACUUUAGAUAUUGAUGGCAAUGGAUUUUGGGAUGAAGAUGAGCUUAAAGCAUUAUUUGUACGGGAGAUGGAUAAACUUUAUAAACAAGGAAUAUCAAAAGCAGAUUUAAUGGAAAAGGCUGAAGAAAUGGAACGUAUGCGUGAACAUGUUUUAAAUGAGGUUGAUUUAAAUCGGGAUAGACUCAUUACCUGGGAUGAAUUUAAGCGUAUGUCUGAACAACCUGACUUUGAAAAAGAUGAUGGUUGGAAAACCAUUGAUCAAAACGAAAUCUAUACUAGUGAAGAGCUAAAGCAAUUUGAACUACAAAGACAGCAACAAAUUGAUCAAAUGAUACAAAAUGGACACGUAAGUAUACAUUUGAACAACAAAUUAAUCCAUAUCGAAAUUCUGAAUAUUGUUUUUUAAUUUAUUAAUUAUUUUAGAUUCCACAAUAUCCUCCAGAAUAUUAUCAACACCAUCCAGUAAGUUUAUACAGUGUGUCUACGGAAACGGAUCACUUAAUUACUCUGUACAUUACCCAUAUUUUUGAAUUAUACUACUGCGCCUAACCUAACCUAUACUAUUCAAUUUUUGGACUUAACAAUUUUUUCUUUUUGACUCGUCUAUUCUGUGUUUACGCAAUACAAUUGACUAAAUUAGAGCUUUUGAAGUUUAAAAGAUACAGCCUGCUUACAAACAGAAAAUCUAUUUUUAGUUUUGUUAUAAUAAAUGAAAUAUAAUGUAUUGUUAAAAAAAAAUUAUAAAAGUACAAUAAAAAUAAAAUUUUAAUUUAACAAUUGAAAUUCGGUUAGUUUUGAAUUUAAAAUACAAGUUGAUAUAUUAAUGAUACUUGAAAAAUUCGCCCUAUCCAAAUAUGUUUUUAAAAAUAGGGGUUCUCAUUGAAAAAAAUGUAUGUCCAAAAAAUUAAUGGCCCACUAGUAAAAUUUCAUUUUUCGAAAACCGAUUUCAAAAAUAUGUGUAAGGUACAAAUUUGUAAAGUAUUCCCUGUUUCUGUGGACACAAUUUAUUUACAUUUAAGUCAAAAUAAUUUGUGUAUGUAUAUUUUUAUUAAAUAAAACAAUUUUCAAUUGUUAUCUACAGAAUGUUCCAAAUCCCACUUUGAAUCAUGCACUUCCUUAUCAAACAAAUCUCAAUUACCACCAGCCACAAGAACAAUACUAA